GCCCAGCCGCCUCGCAGUGAUGUCGAUGAUUUUGGAGGAGAAAAGAACCAAACUUUAACUGACACACUUAAAGACAGGCAACUUAAAAGCGUGUUGAACAAUCCGGGAACACAGAGACAAUACUUUGUUCACGUAAUAGAAAAGCUAAUUAUUUUCCUAGGUCGAGGUGCCUCAGAAGAUAACGUUACCGCUAUGGCCAAGGUACAAGUAUUAAAUGUUGCUGUACUGGACAACCCGAGCCCAUUUGGAAAUCCGUUUCAGUUUGAAAUAACGUUUGAAUGCAUGGAGGAUUUGCCUGAAGACCUAGAGUGGAAGAUCAUCUAUGUCGGUUCGGCCGAGAGCGAGGAAUACGACCAGGUCCUAGACUCGGUUCUAGUUGGCCCGGUACCUGCUGGCAGGCACAUGUUUGUGUUUCAGGCAGAUGCUCCCAACACAGGGCUGAUUCCAGAGAGUGAUGCGGUAGGAGUGACAGUGGUCCUCAUAACUUGCACCUACCGUGGACAGGAGUUCAUUCGCAUAGGUUACUAUGUCAACAAUGAAUACACAGACCCUGAACUACGGGAAAACCCACCUCUCAAACCAGACUAUGCUCAGCUCCAGAGGAAUAUUUUAGCUUCCAACCCCCGUGUCACCCGCUUCCAUAUCAACUGGGAGGGCUUGGCGGAUAAAAUGGAGGACAGCGAGAAUGUUGACCCGUCCCCCAACAUAAGCGGCAUGCUCCCUCCAUCCUGUAUACCAGGAAAGAUGCCAUCUCUUGGACUGAUGCCAGACAACUCCAUGGACUGCAUGUAAGAAUAAUCAGAUUAACAUAAUGGACAUGAAACCCUUCUUCUCUGUACACUCACCCACAUCGCAAACACACACUUGGACAAGGAGGCCAUGGAUGUCUCUGUGUAACGUGGACAUUAACAAGAAGCACGGACAUGGCAGCAAGGACACUCUUUUUAUAUGACAUACACAAAUGGGAUGGAUCUGGAAUAUUUGAAGUGUUUUUCUUUCUUCUGCUCACUCUCUUUCAACACACAGAUCAACACAACCAGCAUUGCCUUAUUUUACCGUAUCGCUGUCUUAGAUUAUAAUGAAGUUGAGCCAAGAGAGAAAUUUUGAGUCAUCAGGGUGAGGCUAUCUUAAGACAAGACUGCCAUGUCCUCAGCCCUGAGACUUGCAAGUCAUACUCAUACACCAAUGUUGAUUUAUUCGGUACCCUUACUGUGCUGUUCAUUUUGUCCUCUUGAGCACAGAUCCAAGCAAUGGGCAGUACUCUGUAUAUCAGAAUAGGUGUAGCACUAGCUGCUUAUAGUAAAGCAGUGCAUUGUUCUGAAGGUUCGUGUCAUCUGAUGUAAAUUAGCAGCAUCUGGAGUAAACAAAUCUUGGGUUUAGAAUAUGGGCAAUCUUCAGGGGCAUGUUGCAAGAGGCAGCUUUACUUGCAGUUAGCUGGAUAGCUUUUGCAGUGUACAAUGUUGUACUUGCAGGUUUUACCCUUGUGUUGUCCAGAUAAGUAAGUAAACCUGCUGCUUUGAACAGGCCCCAGUUCAGAACAAGUUUUCUAAAAUGUUACAUAAGAUGUCUGUCUGUAAUUAAGCACAAAACAUGGAUGUUAAGGAGAUGCUAUAUGGAUGCUAUAUUGCAGUCAAGUUGGUUUGAUAAUUUAGGCUUACUGUUAAUAAUGUUUACCAAGUGCUUAUUUUGUCUUCAGGAUAAAAAGACCUAUUUUCUUUUUGUACUUACUAUAUAUUCUCUGCCUCAGUAUCUGUUACAACAGUGAUGGGUUAAUAAAGUUUGUUUUGUGGA